AUGCUCAACUUACUGUAUACAGCAACUGUGUUUGAUGGAUUGCAAGUCGGCAGCAUGGUUUUUAUCGUUCCUGGUGUAAAACACAGGUGUGCUAUUCCUGAACUGGCAAAUGACACUUACGAAAUCCAAAAUGAAGCCCACGCUGAGCUUAUAAAAGAAUACAUACCUGAAGAGAUAGUUGAUGGGAAACCAGUGUACAGUAGCUGCCAUCUUUAUGUCAAUAAAAGUGUCCUAGGGAACCAGACACUGAGUAAUUGUACUUCUUGGGUUUAUGACAAAUCAAUAUUUCAAACAACAAUCACCAGUGAUUUUAAUUUGGUUUGUGGCAAAGAAUGGCUGGGCCAUCAAAUUUUUACCGUAUUUUUUGCUGGUUAUUUGGUUGCAAUGUUAUCUUGUGGUUGGCUUUCUGAUCGAUUCGGGCGGAAGACCGUCAUAAUUUCAUCACUAAUGUUGCAAGGAGCAGCUGGAAUUCUUUCUUCUCAAAUUAUGAACUUCAGUGUGAUUCUCUUAUUCCGUUUUCUGACAGCUAUCGGAGGCGCUGGUUCUUAUAUUCCAUCAGUCGUCUUUGGUGCUGAAAUUUCUUCAAUGAAAACCAGGACGACUGCUUCCAUGUCUGUUCACAUGUAUAUAACCAUGGGCUACGUUAUUCUUAGCUUAUUGGUAUAUUAUGUACGGAACUGGACACUAAUCCUUCUACUGGUUUCCCUGCCCUCAAUACCGACUGGAUUGCUUUACAUAUGCGUAUUGCCAGAAUCACCACGUUGGCUACUAACUGUGAAAAAGGAAAAGGAAGCAGAAAUCGUUCUGAAUAAAAUGGCCAAAGUUAACAAGCGAGAUUUCAACUGUAAACGAGAAAAUAUAGAAAUCUCCGUGGUUGAAGAUCGGAAUGUCAGGCUCUGGAAAAUAUUUACGAUUCCAACACUUCUAAAAAGGACCAUAAUUUUGAUGUUUAACUGGGGUGUAUCGAGUUUUGUGUAUUACGGAUUGCUGCUUAACACCGAACGUCUCAGUGGAAACAUCUUCCUGAAUUUCUUCUUCGGUGCUCUGGUGGAAAUCCCUGGGUAUAUCAUAUGUAUGGCUUUAUUGAACCGAGUUGGCAGAAGGAACUUGUAUAUUGUUUUUAUGUUUAUCGGAGGAAUUUGCGGAAUCGUGGCAAUGUUUCCGCUUAUGUACGCUUCAGAUGAUUUACAAUGGAUGACAACAACAUUGGCUAUAUUAAGCAGACUCUUCGUUACGAGUGCUUUUGGGAUCAUCUACCUGCACACCUGUGAAUUGUACCCCACUUGUGUGAGAAACGGAGCACUGGGAGCCAUGUCUACCUUUGCUCGAGUCGGUGGUGUCAUAGCUCCAUACAUUGUAAUGAUGCAAACCCUUGCAGAUGGAACAUUGGGUGACAGUUUACCGCUCCUGACGAUGGGAACUGUUUGCAUUUUAGCUGCUGUAUCAUACCUUUUCCUUCCUGAAACCAACAAUAGACCCAUGGAGGAUACUUUUGAUGAUAUUUUCAAGCAAAAAUUUCUCUCUAGAAGGGAAAAGGAUGAAUAUCAAUUAGAAGCUUUGAACACCUCAUCAUGA